AUGAGGAAAAGAAGAGGAAGAGGAAGAGGAAAAGGAAAAGGAAAAGGAGAGGAAAAGGAUAAGGAGAGGAAAAGGAAAAGGAGAGGAAAAGGAAAAGGAGAGGAAAAGGAAAAGGAGAGGAAAAGGAAAAGGAGAGGAAGAGGAAAAGAAGAGGAAAAGGAAAAGAAGAGGAAAAGGAAAAGAAGAGGAAAAGGAAAAGAAGAGGAAAAGGAAAAGAAGAGGAAAAGGAAAAGAAGAGGAAAAGGAAAAGAAGAGGAAAAGGAAAAGAAGAGGAAAAGGAAAAGAAGAGGAAAAGGAAAAGAAGAGGAAAAGGAAAAGAAGAGGAAAAGGAAAAGAAGAGGAAAAGGAAAAGAAGAGGAAAAGGAAAAGAAGAGGAAAAGGAAAAGAAGAGGAAAAGGAAAAGAAGAGGAAAAGGAAAAGAAGAGGAAAAGGAAAAGAAGAGGAAAGGAGAGGAACAGUUGA